AUGAAGUACCUUCCCACUCUUUUCGCGGCUACAGCGGCGCUGGCCCCCUCUGCAUCUGCGCACUACAUCUUCAGCAAGCUCGUUCUGAAUGGUGAAGUCUCCGAGGACUGGCAGUACAUUCGCGAGACUACCCGCAGCGAAUGCUACAUGCCCACCAAGUUCACCAACACCUUUGACAACCUGACCCCCAACGACAGCGACUUCCGCUGCAACCUGGGCUCUUUCAGCAACGCCGCCAAAACCGAGGUUGCGGAAGUCGCUGCCGGUGAUACCAUUGGCAUGAAACUUUUCUACGAUACCUCCAUUGCGCACCCUGGUCCUGGCCAAGUUUUCAUGUCCAAGGCGCCGUCCGGCAACGUCCAGGAGUACGAGGGCGAUGGCGAAUGGUUCAAGAUCUGGGAGAAGACCCUCUGCAACGAGAACGGCGACCUCACCAAGGAUGCCUGGUGCACUUACGGCAUGUCGCAGUUCGAGUUCCAGAUCCCCGAGAACACCCCCGCGGGCGAGUACCUUGUUCGUGCUGAGCACGUUGGCCUCCAUGGCGCGCAGGCCAACGAAGCCGAGUUCUUCUACAGCUGCGCUCAAAUCAAGGUCACCGGCAGCGGCAACGGUUCUCCCAGCCAGACAUACAAAAUCCCCGGUCUCUACAACGACAACAUGAAGCUCUUCAACGGUCUCAACCUCUGGGUCGACUCUGCGGAUGCUAUCGAGACUGAUAUCCUGGACACGCCUGUCGGAGAUGACGUUUGGAACGGUAGCGGUAGCAGCAGCAGCAGCAGCUCGUCCGGCUCUGCGAGCUCCGCCGCCGCCGCCGCUUCCAGCACUCCCAGCUAUUCCGGCUAUUCCAGCUACGGCCAGCAGUACUCCCAGCAGUACUCCCAAUGCGGUGCCAACUAG